AUGAUUAAUUCAAAAGAAUGUGAAUUUAUAAGCAUCACAGUCAACAAUAAAUUGAAUUCUAAAGAGUUGAUGUCUAUGGUAUUUUCUGCAUUUCCCGUUCUUACCUGUAUCAUAGAAUUCCUCUUUGCUUCUGCACUGACCGAGAAAGAUGAUCCUCCGUCCAUCCUACCAACUACUCUCUGCUCUACGUCACAUACCCACCUACCCAACAUUCUUAUCCAGAGCGCUAGUUUCGGUAACACGCUAGUUUCGGUAACAGUGAAUCCAGAAAAGGGUUUGGUCGAUGAGCAAUUGUCUGUGAGUGUUUCUGGUUUGAAACCUGAAGAAAAUGUCACAGUCAGUGCCACAAUCGAACAGAGCUCAAAGAAAAGAGAAACCGUUUUCAGGUCUUUCGGACAUUUCAAAGCUUCAGUUGACGGAUGUGUUAAUCUGGUCACUGACCCAUGUUUAGCGGGAACUUACAGUGGAAUUGAUCCCAUGGGAUUAUUUUGGAGUAUGACUCAAGUAGUUGGAAAACAUGGUAGAAUUAUGACUCAUGAUGCCACCAAAUCUUUGGAUUACACUGUGAUGGUCCACCCUGGUCAUAUCUCACAGAAUUCUGAGUUUACCUCUGAUAUAAAACCAUUAGCAACCAAGUUGGUUCCACGAUCGUUUAUGAGAUCUGGUGUCCGCAAAAUCACAGUUUACCACGGAAGACUUCGGGGUAGUUUAUUCAUACCAAGUGACGAAACGACCAACAGACGACGACGGCAAUACCCUGCUGUGAUAGAUCUAUCUGGAAGCACCGGUUCUUUGAUAGAAUCCAGAGGGGCUCUGUUAGCAUCCCAUGGAUUUAUUACUUUAAGUUUGGCCUAUUUUGCUUAUGAAGACUUACCAUCGGCCAUCACCGAUGUUGACUUUGAAUAUUUCGAAGAGGCUAUUGAGUGGCUUAUCAACCACGAGCAGGUUUCCAGCGAGAAAGGUAUAGGUGUGUUAGGGACAUCUCUAGGAGGAAUAAUAGCUCUCUACAUAGCAAAAGAGUGCCCGCAAGUUAGCGCUGUUAUAAGUAUAAAUGCUUCGCCAGCCUUCUUUGUUUUUAGUAUCCGCCAUAACGGUAAACAGAUUCCAAGCUCUCCUCUGGAAUGUGGCAGUUUUGAAUUGAAAGAUGAUGGGAGUUUAUUGGCAUUGUGGAAAGUAGAUGAAUCCAAACUCUUUUAUUUCGAUGAGACUUGUCGUAGCAAAGUAUUGUUUCUGAUUAGCGGUGAUGACCAAGUGGUUUAUACAAGUGACUAUUACCUCUGGUUUGACAAGUUAACGCCAGCCAAGAGAAAAGAUGUUGAAUUCGUUAUGUAUGAGGAUGCUGGUCACCUUUUGGAACCCCCAUACACCCCUCUGUUUAAUACUUGUUAUGCUGCUCUGUAUGGCCGUCCGACUGUAUUUGGGGGUUACCCCCGACCACACGCUGAGGCACAAGAAAAGUCCUGGUUAAAGAUCAGGGAAUUUUUUGCUGAAAAUCUAUAAAAAUUUCAACAGUGAUUCGAUAAUGUAGAUUAUUUAUGUGAUAACGAGAUCACUAAUGAUAAUAAAGUAGCAAGCUGUCAGAACAGUGAGUGCUCGGGGCAAAAUGCUUUAUUUUACUAAAUUCUACUUCAUUUUCAAAAAAAUUUUACGUGCCACUGGCACAGGUGCCAGGCGGGGUUGGCAAUGGCCACGAUC